UCCAGCUGCCUUGAAAACUAGUCUGCCUCUUCCCCUUUCCGAUUAUCGUCCACUUGUUGUUUCCUUUCCUUCAUAAUUUUUGGUUUUGUUCUUCAAAAGAAAAGAAAAAGAAUUAUAGGAAACAAGAGAGACUGGUUUUGGAAAGAUUAUACUCGGUCUAAUGUUUAUGUUCCAAGAAAUAUAAGUAAGAAUGGCAAAGGAGUACAGCGGAUCCCCAAAGCAUCAUCAGCUGGAAUCUAAGAGGAAGCGCCUCAGUUGGAUCCUAGGGGUCAGUGGGCUGUGCAUUUUGUCUUACAUUUUUGGCGCCUGGCAGAAUACUUCUGCCCCCACAAAUCAAUCUGAGGUCUACAAUAAAGUCGGUUGUGAUGGUGGAUCACCUCCAGCAGGCAGCAGUGUACCGUCGGCGUCAUCAUCAUCAUCAUUUUCAUUGGACUUUCAAAGCCAUCAUCAAGUUGAGAUCAACAACUCCGGUGGAGUCCAGAAGUUCCCACCUUGUGAUUUGUCCUAUAGCGAAUACACCCCUUGCCAAGAUCCAGUGAGGGGAAGGAAAUUCGAUCGUAACAUGUUGAAAUACAGAGAGCGGCAUUGCCCCAAAAAGGAAGAACUCCUCCUUUGCCUGAUACCUGCUCCACCAAGAUAUAAGACCCCUUUCAAAUGGCCUCAGAGCCGAGACUAUGCCUGGUAUGGCAAUAUUCCCCAUAGAGAGCUCAGCAUUGAAAAGGCUGUUCAGAAUUGGAUUCAAGUCGAGGGUGAGCGUUUCAGAUUCCCUGGAGGAGGCACCAUGUUCCCCCGUGGAGCUGAUGCAUAUAUUGAUGACAUUAACGAUCUCAUUCCUCUCAAAAGCGGGAAUAUCAGAACUGCAAUAGAUACAGGCUGUGGUGUAGCAAGUUGGGGAGCUUACCUGUUGAGGAGGGACAUCCUGGCAAUGUCUUUUGCACCAAGGGACACACACGAAGCACAGGUCCAGUUUGCAUUGGAGCGGGGAGUUCCUGCUAUGAUUGGCAUUAUGGCUUCACAGAGGCUUCCUUACCCAGCGAGGGCUUUUGAUAUGGCUCAUUGUUCCCGUUGCUUGAUUCCUUGGCAUAAAUAUGGUAAAAAUAUAUGUAUCUAUGUCAAUUCACAAACUUAA